GCUGAUUGCUCAUCAAAACUAGCUCCUUCAUCAGAAACUAGAAUCUCCAUCUCACUUCACUGUACUGGAAAGUGAACUCUACUAGAGAUGAAUUGUCUCCAGAAUAUUCUAAGAUUUUCUGCUUUGCCUUUGCAAAGCUUUAAUAGAGGUCAUACCGGAAAAUCUUCGUGCUCAGUUAGCAUCACUAUGGUGCCGACAGCUCCGCAGUUUCGGCAUAAUAUUGUGGGAAAGGCUAUAUCUGGUUCUACAUCUAGUGCUGAGAUGGAUGGUGCUAAAGUGGACGAGGAAAAAUCUGAUGUAUAUACCCACAACAUGACCAAGGCCAUGGGCGCCGUCUUGACUUACAGACAUGAACUAGGAAUGAACUACAAUUUCAUUCGUCCAGAUUUGAUUGUGGGGUCAUGCCUGCAGUCUCCUGAAGAUGUUGACAAGCUUCGCAGCAUAGGGGUCAAAACGAUUUUUUGUUUGCAACAAGACCCUGAUCUUGAAUAUUUUGGGGUCGAUAUUAAAGCCAUUCGCGAGUAUGCUAGCUCAUGUGUUGACAUUGAACACUUGCGAGCUCAAAUAAGGGAUUUUGAUGGGUUUGAUUUACGGAUGCGGCUUCCAGCAGUGGUGAGCAAAUUACACAAGGCCAUUAAUUCUAAUGGCGGUGUAACUUAUAUACAUUGCACAGCUGGGAUGGGAAGAGCUCCUGCAGUCGCUCUAGCUUACAUGUUCUGGGUUCAAGGCUAUAAACUUGGCGAAGCCUAUCAAUUGCUCAUGAAUAAACGCUCUUGCUUCCCAAAGUUGGAUGCUAUCAAAAGUGCAACUGCUGACCUCCUUACAGGCUUCAAAAAGAAGCUUGUCACGCUGAGGUGGUAUAGUAGCAAUUGUUCCACAGUGGAAAUCUCUGGACUUGAUAUUGGAUGGGGUCAGAGAAUGCCAUUGAAUUUUGACGAGGAACAAGGUUCAUGGAUACUGCAGAGGGAAUUACCAGAAGGACAUUAUGAGUACAAAUACAUUGUUGAUGGUGAAUGGAUGUGCAAUAAGUACGAACUUGUUACUUCUCCCAACAAAGAUGGCCACGUGAACAAUUAUAUCAGAGUUGCAGACAGUAACCCCAAUGGCAUUAGUUCGAGGAUAAGAAAAAGGCUAAGCGGUGAAGACCCCAACCUCACGAAGAACGAAAGAACCAUAAUUAGACAAUUUCUUGAGGCCUGCCCUGAUGAGGAGUGACUUGUACCUGCCAACACAGUUCCUACUUAUGUAAGUGUACCAUAUUCAUUAUUGCAUAAAACAUGGCAAUUAUGUAACGAGCCUCAGUCUUCUUUAGGGACAAAUAGGGGGUCGAGUGGGGGAUAGGAUGUCGGUGAAGAAGGGUAGGGGAAUUUACUUAAACAGGCACUUUGCUUUGUUGUCAGUGACGUUGAUGGAGCUGAAAGUGGAAAUAUCCACUCACCGACAAGACUGGGCCAAUCGAAUGUAAUCCAUUUCUUAAAGUUCCUUGGUCUUUGUGCCAAUCGAAUGUAAUCUAUGUCCUAAAGCUCCACCGUCUCCGCGUAGUUUCAAGUUCCAACUUCCACUCAGCUUCCCAUUUUGCUCCUAAAGUCAAACGGAUUAGAGGAUUGACUACUCUGUAUUUUCACAAUGAAUUGUAUCGUAAUCGUAACGGUCAGAUAUCUUCCUAGUACAUAUCUUGGCUAAAGGUCCUGGUUAUGGAACUGUUCUCGAGUCUUGUAUUUGUUGCUUUAGCUGUUUUAUAGUUUGUCCACAAUAGCAAAAGGGUGAUUCAUGAAA